AUGAAAGCCGCAUACUUGGCGCAGGUUAGAAAGGAUCUGUUGGAAAAGGCCACUGGAUUGGUUCCUACUCACGGAUUUUCAAAUGUAUCCUUAUUUCCCCUUGCACUAAGUGCAAUUCAAGAAACUGAUGCAUAUAAAGAGAGAAUAAAUACAGCAGAUAUCGAUUUUGUUAAUCUCUUUCCACGGGGGUUUCCUAUUGCCUUAGUCGAAUAUAUUGUGGAAAGUACGAAUAAGGCGGUACAUAUAAGGCUAGAAGAGCGUUUUAAUAAAAAUGUUAUUAUUAAUUCUAUCGCUAGAAAUGGUGAAAAUUGUCGAGCAGCGCAAUACAGCCCCCCUGGGGUGAAGAAUGUGGUUGAGGAGGCAAUCUUAACAAAGAUUAACGCUUUGGUUCCCUACGUUAGUCACUGGCCGGAAGCAGUGGCGUUGGAAUGGAAACCAAGUAAUGCACCAUUUGCGGUGAAGAAUUUGGCUGAAUUUGUUGACACUACAUGCUAUUAUGCGGAGCGUAUGGAAAAUCUUGGGGCUGUCAUUGCUUCAGGGAACCUACUUCUUAAAUCUCGUCUUGGUUAUUCAACACAUCAUUUUCCACAAAGGAGUGAAAAAAAGGAUGGGGAGUAUCAGCAAGAAACAGAUGAGGAACGAUUUUGGCGUAGGUUUGUUUCUUCAAUCCCUCUUUCUACUGGCCCUCAUAUGGGGGAGGGACUCCUUAGUUACGAGUGGUAUAUGAAGCGAACAAAGGUAGCAACGGUGUUUAGUUUGGCGAUGUUUUCUUUUCUUGGGGAAGAAAAAGGUCAAUACCGAGAUACACGGGCAAUGUUAAAUUGUAUUACUGAUCGAUUGUUUUAG